AUGGAAAGAUUACAACAGCUUUUGCAAGGAUCUGCUGGACUUGGCCUUGGAGGAGGAGCUCAAAAUUCAGAUAUAAUACAAAUUGACAAUUCUGAAACUGUAUACAUUUCUUCAUUAGCACUUUUGAAGAUGUUAAAGCAUGGACGUGCAGGAGUUCCUAUGGAAGUAAUGGGGUUAAUGCUUGGUGAAUUUGUGGAUGAUUAUACAAUUCAUGUUGUAGAUGUGUUUGCCAUGCCACAAUCAGGAACAGGGGUUUCUGUAGAAGCAGUUGAUCCUGUUUUUCAGCAGAAAAUGAUGGAAAUGCUUAAACAAACUGGUCGUCCAAAUAAUGUAGUAGGCUGGUACCAUUCUCAUCCAGGAUUUGGUUGUUGGUUGUCAUCGGUCGAUAUUAAUACACAACAAUCUUUUGAACAGCUUACUUCUCGCGCAGUUGCAGUAGUUGUGGAUCCGAUUCAGUCUGUUAAAGGGAAAGUUGUUAUCGAUGCGUUUCGAUUAAUAAAUCCAUCCAUGCUUAUGAUGGGUCAAGAGCCUAGACAAACAACUAGUAAUAUUGGUCAUCUUAAUAAGCCAUCUAUUCAAUCUCUCAUUCACGGCGUUAAUAGACAUUAUUAUUCUAUUGCUAUUAAUUAUAGAAAAACAGCAUUAGAGGAAACAAUGUUGUUAAAUCUUCAUAAAAAGACAUGGACAAGUGGUCUUGUAUUAGAAGAUUUUGAAAUGCAUGACAAAAAAAAUCAGGAAUCUGUAGAAAGUAUGUUGAAAUUAUCGGAAAAUUAUACCAAAAGAGUGGAAGAAGAGACUCAAAUGACAGCAGCUCAACUUAAAACACGAUAUAUUGGAAAACAUGACCCACGCAAGCAUUUACAAAAUAAAAUAGAGGCUUUAAUGGGAGACAAUAUUACUCAGAUGCUAGCAACAACUUAUCACAUUACUUCUAUAUUAAAAGACGAGAAAGAAACAGGGGCGUAG